AGCAACAGUUAGCUUUGCGUUUGAUGUUGUGAUUAAAGGUCGCCGGAAAGCAAAAUGUCGGAGCAAACGAUAACUAUGACAGUCGCAUACGGAUCCUCUAAGCACAGCAUCACGCUAACAGGACAUGAGGAUGGAAAAGGACCCACUGUUAAAGACCUGUCAGAUGCUCUCGCUCAAGCCACCGGAGUCCCACCUGCCUCUCAGAAACUUAUCUUUAAAGGGAAGUCACUGAAAGACAUGGAAGAGAGCCUUUCCAGCUAUGGAAUAAAAGAAGGCUGCAAACUCAUGAUGAUUGGAAAGAGGAACAGCCCAGAGGAAGAAGCUGAACUGAGGAAACUCAAAGACAUUGAGAAAUGUGUGGAGCAGAUGGCCAAGAAGCUGGAGAAGGUAGACGGGGAGUUGACUGGACUGAAAAAUGGCUUUCUCGCCAAAGAUCUCCAGGCAGAGGCCUUGGGUAAACUAGACCACAGAGUAAAAAUAGCAGCUGAGCAGUUCAUGAAGAUCUUGGAGGAGAUAGAUGCUAUGAGUGUUCCAGAAAAUUUCAAUGACUGCAGAAUGAAGAAAAAAGGACUAAUAAAAACAGUGCAGGAUUUCCUCGCCCAGUGCGACAAAAUCGAGGCUUGUAUAUCAGACCAUCUAUCAAAGAUCCAGUCAAAAAACCUGGCUUUGGCAGAAUAGUGCAGUCUCUUUAGUCACUUAUUCUAUACAUUGCUCUGUGAGCAAUGGCAAAGUGUGCAGAAAGCUUCACGUGUGAAGCAGAUCCUGGUUUAUUUAUUGCUGGUGUGAAGCAAAUGAUCAAGUGGAAAGAAGGAUGCUGGUUAUCAGGAACGAUGUUGGAUACGUAACACAAGCAAAUCCUCUUGGUUCAAGACAGAUACAAAGUGCCGACUGAGAAACUUUGACCAUGAACUUGCAGGAAAUGGAUCACA